ACAUACAAAAUAAGUUACUCGGCAUCUAGUGUAAAAGUUCCAUUAUAUAAAUGGCGUUAGCACCUCAGUCGCCUGGUAUGAAAAUAACCCAGCUCUGCGAGUGAUAGAAACCUUGUCAGCAUCUCGUAUAUACCUCUUACAACGAAAAACAAACUGUACAUAUUGAGACAGACAAAAUGCGUUUCACUAGUCAAGCCUUAACAUUACUGCUGACUGCCGCAACUUUGGUGUCUGCAUUGCCAGUUGAUAAGCGCAAUGAUAUCCAGGAAAGAGAAGAGCUCUAUCCUGCUCCGGAUCUUCGCCGUAUAAAAGUUGAGGACAAGCGAGAGGAGCUCUAUCCUGCGCCGGAUCUCCGUCGUAUCAAGGUUGAGGAUAAGAGAGAGGAAUUAUACCCUGCUCCGGACCUUCGCCGGAUUAAGGUUGAGGAUAAGCGAGAGGAGUUGUACCCGGCUCCCGAUCUCCGCCGCAUAAAGGUUGAAGACAAGAGAGAAGAACUCUAUCCUGCUCCUGACCUACGUCGCAUUAAGGUCGAGGAUAAGCGAGAAGAGCUAUACCCUGCUCCUGAUCUCCGUCGCAUCAAAGUGGAAGAUGAGUAAGGGAAGAAAUAUCCAGGUUCCCUGGCUAGGCGAAUGAAGUCGAGUAUUGAGUGGAUGACAGACGAUGUUCGGCAUUCAUGUAAAUAUGUUUUGGCUACCCCAGGAGCACCGUAGUCUGUUGAUAUGAGACUAGUUGAUGGUACCGCUAUUUCGAAACUCGAGAAGUACCCAAAUGUAUUAUGUACCUAGGUAGCC